UUCACUGUUUUGCACCACUACAAUAAUCAUGAUCAACAUUCAGCUAUUGGUUUGUGCGCUUGUUUUACUGUCUCAUGCUCGUUUACCAGCUACUAGGUCAAGUAACAGUGUAGCUAGCUAGGUCAAGUGUAGCAGCACUCUCGACUCUCGAGUCCGGAUCCUAGUACGAAAACCCAUGCAUGCAUAGCGAUCCGAUCCAUAGACCAUAUAGUAGACCUGAUGACGGGCCGGGCAUUCCACGCCAACAUAUCACCAUUGGCUAGUAGCCAGCUAGUCAAUACACAACACAAGUGAAGCAGCAGCUAGCUAGCUACUAUAGCUAGUUAGAUCGAAGUUUGUCCAUCACACUAGCUAGCUAGCCAAGCCAAAUUCAAGACAAGAUGGACAACAGCUGCGGCAGAACGACAGAGCGAGGCGACGACGAGCCCACCGUCAGCUGGCUGGGGAUCGAGGAGGUCUCGCCGUUGACGGGGAAGAAGGACGCCCCCGCCGCCAGCGGCGUCGUCAGGCGAUGGAGCUCCGUGGUGAGUGCCACCGUGGUGGUCCUGAUCAUGACGAUGACGCCGCUUCUUUUCCUCCUCAGCGGCCGCCUCGCCGCGCCGGUGGUGUGGAUCAGGUCCACCGUCGCCAGCGUAGGCGCGCAACGACAAAAAGAAUCCAAGAAAGACGCACUUCUUGGUGGCCUGCUGCUUCCAGGGUUCGACGAGCAGACCUGCGCCAGCCGCUAUCAGUCCGUUUACUACCGCAAGAACAUGACCCGGCUGCCGUCCCCGUACCUCAUCAAGCGGCUGCGGGAGCAGGAGGCGCUGCAGCGGCGGUGCGGCCCGGGCACGGAGCCAUACAUGAGAGCGUCGGAGAGGCUCCGGUCCGGGCAAACCGGCGCCGCCGUCGACGACGUCGACGGCUGCAGCUACCUCGUGCUCAUCUCCUACAGGGGCCUCGGCAACCGGAUGCUCGCCAUCACCUCGGUGUUCCUCUACGCCCUGCUCACCAACCGCGUCCUCCUCGUGGACCGCGGCUACGGCAACACCCUGCCGGACCUCUUCUGCGAGCCGUUCCCGGGGACGACAUGGGCGCUGCCGCAAGACUUCCCGCUCGACGGCCAGUUCCGGCAGCUGGACGAGUCGGCGCCGGAGAGCUACGGGAACGUGGUGGUGAACCGGAGCGGGUCCGUGUCCGGGUUGCGGUUCGUGUACCUGCACCUCGACCACGCCGCGUCGCCGGCGAACCGGCUCGUGUACUGCGACGACCACCGCCGCGAGUCGUUCCUCCGCCGGAUGCAGUGGGCGAUCAUCCGGACGGACCAGUACAUGGCGCCGGGGCUCUUCUUCAACCUGGCGUACCAGGAGGAGCUGGACCGGCUGUUCCCGCGGAAGGACACGGUGUUCUACCUCCUGUCGCGGUACCUGCUGCACCCGACCAACGACGUCUGGGGCAUGGUCACCAGGUUCUACAACUCGUACCUGAGGGACGCCGACGAGCGGCUGGGCAUCCAGAUCCGGGUGCUGUCCGGCGACCAUCGCGACAAGGCGCAGAACGUCCUGGACCAGAUCCUGGCGUGCGCGUCGCGGGAGCAUCUGCUGCCGGGGGUGGUCACCACGGAUGGGGUCGCGCCGGCGCCGCCGCACGCCGGAGCGCGGCGGCGGUCCAAGAAGAAGGCCGUUCUGGUCACCGGGCUGAGCGCGUGGUACCACGACAACAUCAAGGAGAUGUACUGGAAGUCGGCGACCGUCGACGGCGAGGUGGUGAGCCUGUUCCAGCCCAGCCACGAGGAGCACCAGCAGUGGUACCACAACAAGCACGACAUGAAGGCGGCGGCGGAGAUCUACCUGCUCAGCCUGACCGACAAGAUCGUCACCAGCGCGUGGUCGACGUUCGGGUACGUCGGCUACGCGAUGGGCGGGCUCAGGCCGUACCUCAUGUUCAUGCCGGAGAACCAGACGGCGCCGGACCCGCCAUGCACGAGGGCCAUGUCCAUGGAGCCGUGCUCUCACGGGGCGCCCUCCUUCGAGUGCACGAGGAAAGAGAUCGGCACCAUCAUCAACACCGGGAUCCUGCUGCCCCAUGUCCGUGCUUGCGAAGACAUCUCAUGGGGGCUCAAACUUACUGACCCGGACGUAGAAAAUUAGAGGAGGUACGGUACGUAUACUCGUAUAGGCGUACGUGUCGUAUGUCCUCUCAUAUCGAAAUAUACACACCCCACUUCUUUUUUUCGUCAAGUUUUGCCAUUUGGGCGUCGUUGUUGUCUGUUUGCCCAGUCUUGAAAUGGUGCACUUUGCUUUAUAGAGCAUGUAUACGUACUAUAAUUGAAGUGGUGUCAGUUACACAAAGAAUCUGAAGAUUAGUUCCAUUGCAACA